AUGUUCGCCUAUCAAGUUGUAUUACUGCCUUGGCUUUUGCUCGGAUUUAAGUUUGCGACAGCUCAAUCUCCACAGAAUUCUGUCAACGUUCAAUGCGCAACUUAUACUUGUAAUCCGCCCUAUGUUCUUCAGAAUGGUCUUUGUGUGGGGUUCAACACGUCCCAAUGUGGAAGCGGUUCCAACAUUAUUGUGAACGUGUUUCCACCAGGAUCUUCUCCUUCAUAUCAACUACAACCGAAUCAAGUUGUUGUUCCUUGUGCCCCAGCUCAAUCCCAGCCUUGUCCUAACCAACCUUUUGUUCCAUAUCCUCCAAUUCCAUCUCAGCCCUGUCCCAAUCAGCCAGUUUCACCUAGUCCUCCAGUUCUACCUCAACCCUGUCCCAAUCAGCCCGUUUCGCCCAAUCCUCCAGUACAACCCUGUCCCAAUCAACCUGUUCUGCCUAGUUCUCCAGAACAGCUCUGCCCCAAUCAGCCAGUUCCACCUAGUCCUCCAGUUCUACCUCAACCUUGUCCCAACCAACCGGUUACACCCUAUCCUCCAGUUCAACCUAGUCCCAAUCAACCAGUUUCGCCUAAUUCUCCAGUGCAACCUUGUCCCAACCAACCGGUUACACCCUAUCCUCCAGUUCAACCCCAGCCAACACCUAGUCCCAAUCAACCUAAUCUGCCGAAUUCUCCAGUACAACCUUGUCCCAAUCAGCCUGUUACACCCUAUCCGCCAGUUCAACCCCAGCCAACAACUAAUCCCAAUCAACAUAAUCCACCAAUUCAAUCCCAGCCUUGUCCCAAUCAACCUGUUGCACCGAAUCCUCCGGUUCAACCGGUUUCACCAAAUCCUCCACUUCAACCGCAGCCAGCACCUUAUCCUGAUGAAGCUGUUACUUCACCUGUUACGGAUGAGCCUACGCCCAUUCCGACAGUCGUUCCUCAAGAGACUUCCACAUCAACGACACCUACACCGAUACCUGCACCGAUCCUUCGCUGUCCCACAGGAACAGUUCUAGUAAAUGGAUUCUGUAGGUUGAUAUACUGUGGUUCGGGAGUGUACUCGUAUGCAAGAGGUCGAUGUGUGAUGCCUCGAUGUCCCCAGGGCACAGUGUGGACAGGUCAAAAGUGCGCACCACCGCAGCCAAUUGAACUAGAUCCCAUUCACAUCGAAAGAACGAUCAUGGUGGAGAAAUCGAAGAAUACGUCUGAUCUGGUGGUUAAUAAUGUGCAAAACUUGGUGGUUAAUGCUUCGCUUGUAAUACCGACACGUGAAGACGAUUAUGACGAUGAUUAUUCUGAGGAAAUAGAUUCCAAUCAAGCUGCAACCACCACCAAGUGCUGCACUGUGGUUGCCCCACGCAUCUGUCGCUGCCCAAUCCAGAGCACUCGCUGGCAAUGCUUCAACAGACGGCAAUAUCUGUGUGGCGACUUCUGUAGCACCUCCAAAGUGGUGCUGAAGCCAUCUAAUGUUUCCACCUGGAUCGUCGACGAUGCAGAAAUGCUCCUCAUGCCGCCCAACUGGAACUUCGACUGCCGCAACCAGGACAACUGUAUCACAUCCACAGAGAAGCACGACUGCAGUGGCUGUGCCUUGGGAUUAAUUGCAUCCUGCUCUUCCUACUGCUACAACUAUCAUUGCGACGGUCCUAACUGUGGCUUCUACGAUCAGGAAGAGUUUUGCAAGUUGGCUCAGUUCUCCGGCUCUGUUGUCUGCCGCCCGGAGGAUGCCUGGAAGCGAUAAGAAAAAUUCUAUGAUUUCAACUGUCAGGGUCAAAUAAGAAUUUAUUUGAGUUUUAUUAAAAAAAAAAAAGGAUUUAUUAAUUCUAAUAAAUAUCAAAAGUCUUGCCGCUUUCUGUUAAAAUCACAUAUUUGUAAAUAAAACCACUGUAUAAUACAUAAUUAAA